AUGGAAUUUGUCUUCAUUCCUCCUCGAGCGCCGCAUUUCGGCGUCCUUUGUGAAGCGGCAGUGAAAUCUGCCAAGGGAUUGCUGCUGAAGGCAAUGGGCAGCGCAAUCUUGCCUCAGGACGAGGGGGCCACCGUGCUGGUCGAGGUCGAGGCCGUGCUCAAUUCGCGGCCAAUGGUCGCUGCCAGCAGCAACCCCAACGACGGCGAAGUGCCCACGCCAGGGCACUUCCUGAUAGGAGCCACGCUCAUGCCGCUGCCAAUCGUGUCUACAGAGCCAGUCGACGACGUCAAGCUGACAUGCUUAAAAAGAUGGCAGCUGACAUCAAGUAUUAAGCGUCGGUUCUGGAUCGACUGGUCAAGGGACAACCUCCAGCCUCCAGCAUAA